AUGAUGCCGCUAUUUGAUAUCACUUACCUUGUGCAGCAAAACAGACAGGCUGCUGCUGCGCAUGAGGCACCAAUGCCACCAUCCGCUCCUCGGCGCUCUAAUACGCGAUCUAUGGAUGACCAACAGUCAAAUAACGCUCAGGAGCAGUACUAUCAAUUGCACCGAGAACCUACCCAGAGGCCUUGUCCUGAGUUGCGUGAUGCUGGCAGUGACAUUGACACGAAAGUCCAUCUUUAUGAUAAAGUCGCACCCAACGAAGACGAUAACACUGUCCGCGAUAACCAUGACAACACACUCUACUGUAAAAACCAGUACUCUGCAGAACAGGCCGAAUUUGAUGACUAUAUCGAGCGGCCCUCCCCUAUCAUUGACCACAAAGCUGAGCGCGCCGCCGCCCGUGACUACAUUAACGUAACCACUGCUGCAUUACCUACUGCAAGUUCAGCGGCUCUGAUCUUAUCAUUACCGAAUUUUGCUCUGGCUUUUAUAUUGGUACUGUCGUACCUGGACUCCCUGGCAAUUUGCGGCUCGGGAGGUCGGAAGGUGCCACAAGUGACGACUGAUAUACCUUCAAUUUCAACACUUUUACUGAACGUCACGGGGUCGGAGAUUGAAGAGGAUAGUUCCAUGGCGUUAUGA